UUGGUUCUUGACUAAGGUCCCGAGAACUAGUGUAAAACUUAUACCUACCCAUAACACAAUACCUAUUAUAAAUUUCAAGUUCAGUUCGAAGUUGUUCAGUUCUUGUGCUUCUCUCGCACCGAAGACUUGUGCUUACCGUACUAUGCUAUCUCUCAAUACAUCGAGGUUCCAUGAACUCCGCUUUAUACAAGUUGAAUGCCCUUGAAUACGUUAUACCAAUAAUCUCUUGAUCGGUUCUCGAGUUUGAAUCGGCACAUCACGAAAUUCUAUUUGAAAUCGAGCUGUCCGGUGUCCCAUGACAAGUGACCCAUUUUGUCCUUAAGAAACUGACUACUGGUUGUGGGACAAUCCAUGGAGUGUUUUUGCACCAGACCCAGGACGAUUUGUUGUAAAAUAUUACUUUUGGAUGGGCAAGAAUUUUUUCAAGAAGUGCAGGAUUCCUGCACAGGACAAGUUAUAUUGGAUGCUGUUUUCAAUCACAUAAAUCUUAUAGAAACACAUUACUUCGGUCUUCGUUACUUAGAUACAUUCGGUCAAACACACUGGUUGGAUCCAGCGAAAAAAUUAAGGAAACAACUCAGGUCAGCCGAUCCUUACACUCUCUAUUUUGGGGUGAAAUUUUACGCAGUUGAUCCAUGUAAAUUAUUAGAAGAAAUAACCAGGUACCAAUUUUUUCUUCAAGUUAAACAAGACAUAUUACAAGGAAGGCUACCGGUUUCCACAGAAUUAUCUGCUGAAUUAGGAGCCUACGUCCUACAAUCUGAGUUAGGGGACUAUGAUCCAAGAGUGCAUUUGCCUGGAUACGUCUCAGAAUUCAAAUUCGUCUCAAACCAAAGCUUAGAAUUAGAAACACGGAUAUAUGAACUUCAUAAAACCUUAGUGGGACAGUUACCGUCUACUGCUGAAUAUAAUUAUCUCGACAGAGUAAAAUGGCUGGAAAUGUAUGGAGUGGACCUUCAUCCAGUAUUGGGCGAGGACAGUGUAGAAUAUUUCUUAGGCCUUACCCCUAGUGGAAUAAUAGUUUUAAGAAAUAAAAUAACUGUAGGAAAUUACUACUGGCCUAGGAUAACCAAGAUCUACUUCAAAGGUCGCUAUUUCAUGCUCAAAGUGACUGAUAAAAAUAACGAUGAGAGUACUUAUGGUUUCGAGACACCUUCCAAGUUGGGUUGUAAGCAUCUUUGGAAGUGUUGCGUCGAGCAUCACUCUUUCUUUAGGUUAGUUCAAGUUUAUCAUCCUACAGUACCUGAUAUAUUCGCAUUAGGGUCCAGAUUUAGGUAUGGCGGACGAACAGAAAAGCAAACCAUCAAAGAUUCACAAGUAAAAGGGAGAGUUCCUCCGACAUUUUCUAGGAACCCUUCCAGAAGAUUCAGUGAGAGAAAUAUAGAAGAUUUCUCAGUCUUAGAACUGGACGACGUUCUACGUCUGCCAGAUUGCGGGAGCAUGAAGCACAUUUCUAUCCCUCAGCCAGCCCAAGGGUACGACCAAAGUUACUCGCAUCACAUAAAAGAUGACCAUAGACGAUCGGAUUCUCCAAGGAGCACAAGAAGCGCACCGUGGACCCAACCACAUUCCAAGGGAUUGUACAAUAUAUCGGCACCAGCUAGUCCUAGAUCAAUAAGAUCCGCAGGCCCUAGAUACAGAUCAUCCUCGGUAGAUAGUCAGAGCUCUGGAGAUUCAAAGACGUGUAAAAGAAAGAAGCAUUCAGGCAGAGGUACUUCAGAUAACGAGAGUGAGUUAUCAAAAAGUUCUAGUCGAUCUCAUCAUAGACACAAAAAGCAUCGCUCUAGGAGCAGAAAGGGUUCCAGAGUCGAUAGUGAUGGUUCCUCGUCCAGAAGAAAUAGCAGAUCUAGGCGGAGAGAGAGCUCUCAACCGGAGCUUGUUGACUCGAACUACCAAUGGAAAGAGGCCAAAAAACGAAUAUCCGUCGAUGGCAACGCUAACAACAUUCAACAGGCCCAUAUAAUCAGCGGUUCCAGAUUGAUAGACGAAAAAGAUUACAAAAAAACUCAGAAUUCCAAAUACAAACAUAGACAUCAACAGAGUCGACCCAAUUCACCUGGUGACUCGAAGCACUUCUUGUCGGACGAGGUUAAGAAACAUUUGGAAUUCGAUCUCAUUGACACGACGGGAAUGUCAGAAAAACAGCUGAAAGAAAUCCCUUACACUGUCGUCGAAACCAAUAACAAUUUCAAACAGUCAAAGAGUAAAGUCAGUCAAGCAAGGAUGUUAGACACCUUAACAAUGUUGGAAUAUGGCGAAAACAUGAGCCAUCAUAGGAAAAACAAGCUGAAAAAUAUGAACCCAUACGAAUCAUCCAGUAAUCUUAUGGACAACUAUGCAAGCAGAAAAGAUAUUUCCGAAAACAUUUUGAAAAUCAAUCAUGAUCAUUCUGACUCAGGUCUUGUAACUGAUCAAGAAACACACAAUAACGAUAGGUAUAACCGAAAAAAAUACUUAUAUUGAGAUAAGGUCAUAAUUGGUGUUUCGAAAUGUUUUCAAUUAAAUCUGUUCUAGGCUGUUGUAUGGAAAAUUAGAGAUGAUGAGUAGUAGACCCUGAAGAGAAAGUCGGACAGUCUCCAGGAAUAUCUACAGUGUGAAUGAUAAUUAAGUUAUUGGAACAAUAUCUUCGAUACCUAUUUAUUUUUUCCUACUUCUAUGAAAUAAAUGUUAGAUAUUGA